AUGAAUCUGCCGGCGGAUUCUGUUUCUCGAAAUUUCUAUAAGAGCCCAGUCGACACCCACUGGACGCUUAUCCACACCGAGUCGCGUGCGGUUCUGUUACUGUCGAAAGCUAAAAAGGAAAAAGAAAUCAAGAAGGAGAUCGAUCCUAUGCUGUACUGCACACAAAGUAACAAGUCUGAGAGAAAGAAAGAAGAAGAAGAAGAAGAAGAAGAAGAAGAAGAACAGGAGGUAAACAAUAAAUACACUCUUCCCCGCGAUCCCUGCUCCUUCCCUUCCUGA